AUGGCUAACGUAUAUUGUCAAAUAAAAGAUCUAACGAUGAGUUCACACUCCUUUUUCCUCAAUACACUGAUCAUCGCAAAAUCAGAGCAAAGGCUGUUCGCUCCUGGUCGGAAUGGUGGUGUUAUCACAUUCACCGUACGCGAUACAAAAGAUCAUUUCAUCAAUUGCACAGUUUGGGGUUCGGAGCAAUUCAUCAAGAAUUGUGCUCGCGCCUACAAAAUUGGUGACAUCAUUUCCAUUUAUCAGCCAAAAGUUUUGCUAAAGAACAGCGGUAGCAACUAUAAUCCACGUACUACAUCGCCAUUUGAACUGAGUGUGAAUGAAGGCAAAUCGUACAUACACCGUGCCAUAGAACAAACGGACUACUUACUUCGGCUUCGAAAUCAAGCUGUCAAACCGACGUCGUUGGCCCUUAAAUUGGACGAUCUUGUGUGCCGUCCUGGAUCGGAUUCAGUCACAGCAGAUGUGGUGGUUUUGGUAAGAGGUGUAGAGCCGCCGCGAUCAGUACAAACAAAAUUUGGUGAAAAAACGGUGCGCAAAGUCUGUUUAAUGGAUCGAACAACGGAAUUAGUGUCGAUGGUCGUUUGGAAUCCAGAAUAUCAAGCACGAAUGGAACUCUGGAAGCCAAUGGAAACAAUUUUGCAAUUGGUGGAUAUUCGCUUUGAGUACUCGUCUUUCGAGCGAUCAACGGUGUUAUCAAUUACUUCCCGAACGAUUAUCAUCGAAAAUCCAGCGAAUUCGUCACGUUCCAACGAGAUUAUGGCGCAUAUUCACUCAAUUAGUGUGGAAAAAUACAACGAAUUGAAGAGUAAUAAACAAAAAUCCAUCGGACCCGAUGCAAUCAAAGAUGUGAUGUCAGUGCAUCGUAUUCGUGACGAAAUGGAACGUGAUCCGACCAAAGAAAUAGCAGCCAUUGUAUAUGGUGUGAUUACAAAAUUUGAUAUCAAUGCUGCAAUUGUCAAAAGCUGCGUAAAUUGUAAAAAGUUGCUUUUGAAUCGCAAUGAAUGCGGAAUGCCCAAUUGUGACUCGAUACAGUCGAACGGACCGAGAUAUGUGGACAAAGUUUAUAUGGCCGUUUCAGUAACCGAUCAUUCUGGCACUUUGAACUGUCGCAUUGUUGAUGAACACGCUCAACACAUACUUGGUCAUUCGGCACAAGGUCUUAAAUCAAUGGCUGAAGAUGAUGUCGAUGCCAUUUUCAAUAAAUUCAUACUGGAACGAUUCGCCGUUAAGUUAAUCGUGCGAUUCAAAUCAAAAACCGAAUACUUUGCUAGCAUUGUUAGCAUCGAGACACACAACUCACACGACGUGGCAGAAGUGUUGAAGCCAUAG